UUCAGGUUAUCUCCUCUUCAAAGAAUUUUGUGAAAACGUGGUGGACGAACCGGUACCACAACUCCAGUUCUACGAAGAGAUCAAGGAGUAUGAGAAGCUGGACUCUGAGGAUGAACGUCUCCAGCGGAGCCGGCAAAUCUACGACAAAUACAUCAUGAAGGAACUUCUCUCAUCCUCACACCCCUUCUCCAAAAAGGCGGUGGACCACGUCCAGACUCACCUGAGCAGACGACUCGUACCUAGCGCCCUGUUCCAGCCGUAUAUCGAAGAGAUAUGCAGCAGUCUACAGGGAGAGAUCUUUAAGAAAUUCAUAGACAGUGAGAAGUUCACGCGGUUCUGCCAGUGGAAGAACGUGGAGCUGAAUAUUCACCUGACGAUGAACGAUUUCAGCGUCCACCGGAUCAUCGGGCGCGGGGGUUUUGGUGAAGUCUACGGCUGCCGUAAGGCCGACACGGGAAAGAUGUACGCCAUGAAGUGUCUGGACAAGAAGCGAAUCAAGAUGAAACAGGGAGAGACGCUGGCACUUAACGAGAGGAUCAUGCUGUCCCUCGUCAGUACCGGGCAAGACUGCCCGUUCAUCGUGUGCAUGACGUACGCCUUCCACACGCCCGACAAACUCUGCUUCAUCCUGGACCUCAUGAACGGAGGCGACCUGCACUACCACCUCUCCCAGCACGGAGUGUUCACAGACAAGGAGAUGCGCUUCUACGCAGCGGAGAUCAUCCUGGGCCUGGAGCACAUGCACAACCGCUCCGUGGUCUACCGAGACCUCAAGCCGGCCAACAUCCUGCUGGACGAGCAUGGCCACGUCCGCAUCUCAGACCUCGGCCUGGCCUGCGACUUCUCAAAGAAGAAGCCCCACGCCAGCGUGGGUACUCAUGGCUACAUGGCCCCCGAGGUUCUGCAGAAGGGGACGGCUUACGACAGCAGCGCCGACUGGUUCUCUCUGGGCUGCAUGCUCUUCAAGUUGCUACGGGGACACAGCCCAUUCCGGCAGCACAAGACAAAGGACAAACACGAGAUCGACCGGAUGACUCUCACCAUGGACGUGGAGCUGCCAGAGUCAUUCUCCGCGGAGCUGAAGUCACUCCUUGAUGGCCUCCUGCAGAGAGACGUCGCUAAGCGGCUUGGAUGCCUUGGGACCGGGGCAGUGGAAGUGAAAGGACAUCCCUUCUUCGCUGGCAUCGACUGGCAACAGAUUUACCUUCUCAAGUACCCCCCUCCCCUGAUCCCCCCACGGGGGGAGGUGAACGCCGCCGACGCCUUCGACAUCGGCUCCUUCGACGAGGAGGACACCAAGGGGAUCAAGCUGCUCGAGAGUGACCAGGAGCUGUACAAGAACUUCCCGCUGGUCAUCUCGGAGCGCUGGCAGCAGGAGGUGGCCGAGACCGUCCACGACGCCGUCAACCUGGACACGGACAAGCUGGAGGCUCGCAAGCGUGCCAAGAAGCUCCUGGGACAGGAGGAGGACUAUGCGCACGGCAAAGACUGCAUCAUGCACGGCUACAUGCUGAAGUUGGGCAACCCAUUCCUCACCCAGUGGCAGCGGCGAUACUUUUACCUUUUCCCUAACCGCCUCGAGUGGCGUGGUGAGGGUGACUCACGGCAAAACCUGCUGACGAUGGAGCAGAUGCAGGCGGUGGAGGAGACGCAGGUGAAGGACAAGAAGUGUGUCCUGCUGCGGAUCAAGGGAGGGAAGCAAUUUGUGUUGCAGUGUGAGAGCGAGCCGGAGUUUGUGCAGUGGCGAAAGGAGCUGCUGGUCACCUUCCAGGAGGCUCAGCGUCUGCUGCGGCGUGGGCCCAAGAUGCUGAACAAAAGUCGCUCCUCGUCAGAGGAGCUGAGCAAGGCGACACUCACUCAGCGUAGCAGCAACGGCCUCUAGCAGGGAGCACUCACCACUCACCACUCACACUCACCACUCACUCACUCACUCACCCCUCACCACUCACCACUCACCCACUCACCACUCACCACUCACCCACUCACCACUCACUCAGCGUAGCAGCAACGGCCUCUAGCAGGGAGCACUCACCACUCACCCUCACCACUCACACUCACCACUCACUCACUCACUCACCCCUCACCACUCACCACUCACCCACUCACCACUCACCACUCACC